GAGGGCCUUGCGACGUGGACGAGCAAAAGCUCGACAAUUGUGGCACCUUCAUCGGAAAGGAAGACAAGGAGCGCGAUCGACAGAUGAAGUCAUUGGUCGCAGCACUCAGGCGGGAGCAUGAGAGUCCAAUCCCAUGGAAUCAUCAACCACAGCUUUCUGAUGAUGAAGACGAUGACGAGGAUGCCACCAGUGCCACAGCAUCCGAUGCCAGCCCUGCCGAACCUACGCCUUUGUUACCAAGCACGCCUGAGCAUCCAGCUCCCAAUGUUGACACCAUGGUAGCCGCUGAUGCGUUGCACACUGACUCACAAACAGACGCCAUCAUGGACCUAUUGGGUGACGACUUCAGUGAUGAGGAUGCUGCCUUUUUGACCCAGGUCACAAAACGAAUGGCCCUGAAACUGACCUGUGUGCAGCCCGCCAAGAUGCGUUGCCUGAUUCUGCCUUGGGACCCAAGCUUGCAUCCGGUCUGUCCCAUGGUACAGUCACCCCCGCUGACACGGCCUGUACCCAAGCCGCCCUUGAAUGCCCGUUACUUGACCGUAAAUGCAAUGAGGCACAUCAGCAGGUCAGCUUCGUCAAGUAGCCUGCCCAUGCCUCAUGUAAGCAGUGACCAAACGCACGGUGACCAUACUGAGUUCAUGCAACGUGCUCGACGCUGGCAACGCCCCCGGCAAGAGACACUAGGUUCGGCAGCAGCCUCAACCCCUGCUGCUCCCAGCGCUGGGACGGUGCAACAAUCACCAAAUGCACUCCCAUCUGUGAUGUUAGCCGAUAUGCGUGAUUUCAGAGCCACCUUGCAAUGGAUGGUUCAGCAGGCUACUGACGCUUGCCUUGAUACAGCUGAUGCUCCUGUCCGGAUCCAGACCUGGUUCCUUGAUUCAAACCGUCGGUCGCGCUCUGAAGAGCCGAGGUCCAUUGUGCUCAGACCAUUGCCACACACAUGGGUUCCUGACAUCAUAGCCCGCUGGCGUGACGAGAUUGAUCCUCAUGUGAUUUUGCACUUGCAUGUUGUUCAGCCUAUGCCAAGCGCAGGUACUGAUGACAUCCAUGCUCAUGUGAUUUUGGUGCAGAACCCCAACGAUUUGUGGAGGGCCGCCUUAGUUUCCAUUGUGUAUUUUGAUCAAGAUCCUUGGAACCCGGCUUAUGUCGCCACGAUGUUGGAUGCUGAAACCACCAUUGAACAGAUUGCCUUCAGAACACAUGUUGUGCACCCUGCAAACCCCCGGGCCCAGCACUUCCAGGUUGAAGUACGCCAUGCGUCUGUCACCUUGGAUAGCAGGUCUCCUUUCCAUGUCCGAGACGGUUACCAUUUCGAGCUGGUCGUUUUUGACAACUCCGAUCCAUGGGCUGACAGUGUUGCGUUGAUUCAGAUGUCCUUCACCUCCAUCAAAGCCAACAUGAGGGAACAUCCAGUCCCCAUUUACCUUGAUGCUUGUUUACCUGCCGAUGAUGUUGCCACUCCGCAGUUCCAGGAAGAUGCAUCCACUAUUCUAUGGUUUGCUAACUCCAAUUGGAAACGCACGGUCGCAGAAUCUCUUGGUAAUCACCUGUGCACAGUCCCGGUCGACCUUUACCUGCCGGAGCCCACAUGUGAAGGCAUCAUGCAGAGCGUGUGUGCGCCGUUUGACCCUCAUGCACACCCCAUCUAUGAAAUUUACAUCGAUGGUGCCACAGGGUCUACCCAUGCAGGAUGGGCUGCCGUGGUUGUUGCCUGCACCCCUGAUUCCCGCAGACUUCUAGGAGUCACAGGUGGCACAGUCGAACUCUCCCCCAGCGCGACUCAAUGGGUUGGUGCUGAUCGCCCAGACAACAUUGCGGCCGAGCUCACUGCCCUACUAGCAGCGCAUGCCAUCAUCCUACAGCAGGAUACUGUGUCCCAGUUUUGCAUCCGACCUGACUUGAGCCUCAGCCGCAUCAUUGCCCAGGAGUUGUCAACCACCAAGGCGCACCCAAGACUAGCACAACUCUGUCGUGUUGUGUCCUGUUGGAACAAGGCGAAGGCCCACUACCUUGAGGUCAGGGGUCACACACAAGACCCCUGGAAUGAACUGGCCGACGCAGUAGCCAAGUAUUGCACUCAGCCAAACAGAUCCUCUGCCUUUGCCUUUUCGUUUGCACAAUUGCAUGCGUUGGCAAUCGAAGCCCAUGAUAUUGCCUGGGACUGGCUCCACUACGAGCAGCCUGCACUGAGCGCUUGCCUACCCCCAUGCUUUGAUGAAACCGUCGUGCAAAUCACAGCAUGCCAGCCUCCCCAACUAUUGCCUGUGGCAGCAGUCGCAGAUGAAGACCCGCCUCAGGCCUUUCAUGUCAAGGUGAUGAUUUUGGACAUGCUCUUUCCGAGCUCGCAGAAGGCUCUUGUGCACGCCAACCUGGACGAUUCUAUCGCACUCGUGCGACGCUACCGACCGCGCAAGGCCUUCUUCGUCGGCAUGUGCCAUUUCCGGGAGCAUCACGACAUGAACCGAGAGCUACGGCGAUUGUGGCACAGCGAGGGCUUGGAUGUGCAAGUGGCGCGGGACGGGCACUUCGAGGAGUUGGAGGUCUUGUAG